GUUGAUGAAUACGAAGAACUGGAUAUGAAAAGGACGUUGACAAUGAGAGACGGGAAUCAAUGGAUUAGGGGUUACAAUUGGGCAGGAGGUGUUUCAAACAGCGCAGUGCACUGACAACGUUGGCGGACGUGUUUGUAUCGUUCUCUAGUUUUUUUUUUGAGGUUCCAUUACUUUCGCUGCGGGAUUUAUAAACCAUGAGCAAUUCAUGGAAUCAGCCAAAUGAGGACGAUGAAGACGAGUUGUUUAAGACCGAGGAAGUUGACGACUAUAGCAAUCACGACAGCAUUCUUAUGGUUAUUGAUGCCAGUCCUCCUAUGCUCCAGCCGCAAGAAAACGGGGAAAUUCCUCUGCAAUCCGCUCUGGAGUGCGUGAAGUCAGUACUACUCUCCAAGGCGUUCAGUAGCCCGUCUGACUCGGUUGGCGUGUUGGUAUAUGGAACUCGCUCCAAGCAGAAUGAUGCCGGUCACGACCACAUUUACAUUCUACAGAAUAUGGACUCACCUGACGCUCCACGCAUUAAAGAAAUUGAAUCGCUUGCAGCCAAUAUUAGCGGCUUUGAAGAGGAGUAUGGUUCGGUUGCUGACGAAUUUCCACUUGGCAAUGUGUUCUGGACAGCAUCUAACAUAUUCUCACUGAGUACAAAGAAGAAGGGUUCGAGACGCAUCUUCCUUAUUACAAAUGAAGAUAAUCCUCAUUCAACGGAUAUAAGUCUUCGUAAUGCUGCUAUUAGACGCGCCAAGGACUUGUUGGAAGUGGGAAUCCGCAUCGAGUUGUUUGGCAUCGAUAAACCAGAUCAUACUUUCAACAAUGAAAGCUUUUAUUCGUCCAUUAUAGAAUCAGAUGAAGCUAUCAAGACUGCUGAGAGGGAUUCUGCAUUCCAAACACCAGUGGAAGCGCCGAAGUCAUCAGGCAAACUAGCUGAUUUACUUCAGUCGAUACGGCGGAAGCAAAUCAAAAAGCGAUCGGAGUUCCGAAUACCGCUGCAUUUGAACGAUGAAUUAACAAUCGGUGUCGUAGGCUAUGCAUUGGUUCGAGAACAAGUUCGCAGCAGUUACCAAAAAGUCUUAGUCACGGGUGAACAAGUCAAGGAAGUCGAUAGUGUUGUGACUUGGAAAUGUGUAGAUACGGAUCAAUUAUUACUGCCUACUGACAUCAAGUUUUACUAUAAUGUCGGAAGCGAGCCAAUCGUAUUCACGAAAGAUGAACUGGAUACUAUUCGUAAUUUUGGUGAACCGGGUAUUCGAAUAAUCGGGUUCAUGGACCAAAAUCAUGUGCAGGAAUACUGGAACAUCACCCAUGCUUAUUUUAUAUACCCCAAUGAGUAUGAAUACCAUGGUAGCACGAGGACAUUUACUGCCUUAUUGCGAUCGACGGUGAAAAGCAAAAAGGCUAUCUUGUGUUCUAUCAUUCGCAGAACAAAUGCCCUACCAAAAAUAGCCGUGCUACUUCCACAGGAGGAGGCUCUGGAUAAGCAAGGUGUGCAAGUCCGACCCCCUGGCUUUCAUGUUAUCAUCAUGCCUUAUGCAGAUGAUAUACGUCCUGUUCCAGUGGAUCGAUUACCGACGGAAGCGACAGAUGAGCAAAUCGAUGCAGCCAAGGCAUUUGUUGAGAAACUAGCAUUGAAAGGGAGAUUUGAUCCGCUUGUCUAUGAAAACCCUUUUCUACAGCGGCAUUAUGCAGGGCUUCAGGCUGCAGCUUUGGAACAUCCUAUUGAAGCUGUUGUCGAUAAGACGAUGCCCCGAAACGAAGCUAUCUUUAAGAGGAUAGGCAAUGAAAUCCAGGCGUUUAACGAAAUCGUGCAGCGGAGCUCAGCCGCCUCACAGCCCUCUCAAUACAAUCAAUUGGACGAUGAAGUUGAACUGCAUUGGCGAGAGCAAACUCUCAACCAGUGUACUGUGCCCAUUUUGAAGCAAUGGCUGCUCAACAAGGGCCUGGCCGCCAAAGGUCGGAAGGCAGAUUUGAUGGCUCAAGUUGACCAGUACCUUAAAGCUCAUACUCAGUCUUGAGGAAAAGCAGGAAGAAUAUUUUUUACAAUAAAGAAAAAAAAAAAAAAAUUCUAUUCCGUCAUGCUACGGGUGAUAACGUGC